UCUUCAAUUGAAUAAUUAAAAUUAUAGUAGAUUUAGUAAGAUUUUUUUUUUUUUGUAAUGUGAAUUAAGUUAUUGAUUUUAAAGAAUAUUAAUAAGAUAGAAGAUCUAAAAAAAAAGGCAAGAAACAAAAUAAAACUGAAAUAAUCGAAAAGAAAAAAUUAAAAAAAUUUUUCUUCAAAAUAAUAAAAUGUACCCGAGUGCUGCAACAAUGAAUGCAGCUGCAGCAGCAGCAAGGCAUCCGGGUCCACCACAACCAGGGCAACCAUUCAAAUUUACAGUAGUUGAAAGUUGCGAUAGAAUUAAAGAAGAAUUUAAUUUUUUACAAGCACAAUAUCAUAAUUUAAAAUUGGAAUGUGAAAAAUUAGCACAAGAUAAAACGGAAAUGCAAAGGCAUUAUGUGAUGUAUUAUGAAAUGUCAUAUGGACUUAAUGUUGAAAUGCAUAAACAGACUGAAAUAUCAAAGCGUCUGAAUGCAAUUAUUGGGCAAAUCAUUCCAUUUUUAACACAAGAUCAUCAACAACAAGUUGCAACAGCAGUUGAACGUGCAAAACAAAUUACAAUGUCAGAAUUAAAUACAAUUAUAGGACAACAAAGACCAGAUUUACCCAGACUGUUACAGCAGAUGCAUACACAAACAAUACCUGGUCAUGCAACAGCACCAACAAUUCCACUUCCACUAUCACAUCCAGGUGCGAUGCCAGGUUCUUUACCUGGUGGUCCGAUAGGUUUACCAAAUACUCCUGGUGGACAUCCAAUGCUUAAACAAGAAAUACAUCGUCCCGAUGACGCAAAAAGUUCAAGUGGCAUGAGUGUUAAUGAAGAAAGACAUAGAAGUUCAAUUUCACCAGCUGAACGUGAUAAAUAUAGACCAAGAUCUCCUGAAACACAUGAAUUGAAAAAAGUGAAAAAAGAAGAAAAAGAUGGUCAUCAAUCUGAUGGUGAAAAAUCUGAUCAAGAUUUAGUUGUUGAUGAUGCCUCUGAAAUUAAUCCAAUGUCACCUGUACAAAAUCAGCAUAAUGGAACAGCAUCACCACGUGAAAAUGGAAUGUUGGUUAAAAAAUUUGAUCAUUCAGAUCGUGAUCGAUUAAAUUCGAAUAAUUUGAGUGGACCCGGUAGUCAAGGUGGUGGAGCUGGACCACAUUCGCCACGUUCUGGUACAUCGUCGAACGCAUCAACACCUUCGAAUAAAAAAUUAGAAGACAAACCUUCAACUCCUAUCGCAAAAUCAGUCACACCUAACUCAAAUUCAAAUCCACCAAAUGGUUUAGGUGGCCCUGUACCUGGUGGUUUACCACCAGGAGCACCACCAGGUGGCUUAGUGAAAGCUGUAGUUAAACCAUUAGUCCCAAAUCCAGGUGCUUAUCCUCCUUAUUUAGGAGCGUUAAAUGGUGCUGGUCCGCAUGAUUUGCAAGCAGCAUAUGGGGCCGCAGCAGCGGCGGCAGCGGCUGGUGUACAUAAUAAUUUACCACCAGGUUUAAAUAAUUUUCCAAGGGCUCCUAUACAGGUCGGAUUUGAUCCACAUCCUCAAAUGAGAGCUCCACCAUUAGGACCAGCUUUAGGUAGCAUUCCCGGAGGAAAACCUGCAUAUUCCUUUCAUGUAAGUGCGGACGGUAAUAUGCAACCGGUGCCAUUUCCGCCAGAUGCAUUAAUUGGUUCAGGGAUCCCAAGACAUGCUCGACAAAUAAAUACUUUAGCACAUGGUGAAGUUGUUUGUGCUGUAACGAUAUCAAAUCCUACAAAAUAUGUUUAUACGGGUGGAAAAGGAUGUGUUAAAGCAUGGGAUAUUUCACAGCCAGGCAAUAAAAAUCCAGUUUCUCAAUUAGAUUGUUUACAACGUGAUAAUUAUAUUCGUUCUGUAAAAUUAUUACCUGAUGGUAGAACAUUAAUUGUUGGUGGUGAAGCAUCUAAUUUAUCAAUAUGGGAUCUUGCUAGUCCAACACCACGUAUUAAAGCUGAAUUAACAUCAAGUGCACCGGCAUGUUACGCUUUAGCUAUAUCACCUGAUUCAAAAGUAUGUUUUUCAUGUUGUUCAGAUGGUAAUAUAGCUGUAUGGGAUUUACAAAAUCAAACAUUGGUUAGACAAUUUCAAGGACAUACAGAUGGUGCCAGUUGUAUUGAUAUUAGUGCUGAUGGUACUAAAUUAUGGACUGGUGGUUUAGAUAAUACAGUUAGAUCAUGGGAUUUAAGAGAGGGUAGACAAUUACAACAGCAUGAUUUCAGUUCACAAAUAUUUUCACUUGGUUAUUGUCCGACAGGUGAAUGGUUAGCUGUUGGAAUGGAAAAUUCAAAUGUUGAAGUAUUACAUGCCAGUAAACCAGAUAAAUAUCAAUUACAUUUACAUGAAAGUUGUGUACUUAGUCUUAAAUUCGCUGCAUGUGGUAAAUGGUUUGUUUCAACUGGUAAAGAUAAUCUUUUGAAUGCAUGGCGAACACCAUAUGGUGCCUCAAUAUUUCAAUCAAAAGAAUCCUCAUCAGUUUUAAGUUGUGAUAUUUCAGCAGAUGAUAAAUAUAUUGUAACUGGUUCUGGUGAUAAAAAAGCAACCGUUUAUGAAGUCAUAUAUUAAAAAAAAAAUGGGAUAUUUUUAAAUAAAUAAUAAAAAUUAUACAAAAUUAUAAUUAUGUAUAUAUAUAUAAGUAUGCAAAAGUAUAUAUUAAAAAUUUAUAAAAUACAAGAAAAAUACAAAAUCAAUAAAAAAAAAAAUUUAUAAUGUAAUUAUAAAAAAAUAUAAUAAUUAAAAUAUAUAAAGUAAUUGUGCUCUGCUGCCCUUAGCUAUAAUUAAUGUAUUAAUUAAUCGACAGGAAAUGAAUUAAAAAAAAAAAAUUAUAAUUAUAAAACAGACAAACAAAAUGAAAUGAAAAAUUUUUAUAAAAUUUUUUUAUUAGUAAUUAAUAUAAAAAUUAUGUAAGAAUAAAACAAAUAAUAUUUUCAUAUAAUAAAAAUGUGUAUUGUAAUCCCAAAAAAAAAAAAAACAAAAAAAUAAAAUAAAAAUAUUAAAGUAUUUAAAAUUUUUAGUCCAGUUCGUUAAAAAAAAAUUCUUGCAGUAAUAAAAUGCUUUAGUCAAAAUCACAAAUAUUAAAAUAAAAAACAAAAUUACAAUUUCAGAGUAUCGAAGAAUACUCUGAAAUUAGAAAAACGAACUUGGUCAAAAAUAUUUAUCAUUAUGUUUACGCACAUAAACAUAAAAAUUACCCAUAAAAUUACCCAUAUUCUGUUAGUCGUAUCACUUGAGGUAUUUAGAAAACUAUUAUCGAAAAUAUUAUCGAAUUAUCGAAUAAUAUUUUCGGUUUUUUCAGUAUAGAAUUUCGAAUUUGAUUUUAUUCUGAAAAUCUUAAAAUUUAUGAAUAAAAACCUGUGACUAACAGAAUGUGGGUGAAUUAUUUUUUAAUUAAAUAAUAAUUUUUUGUCAGAAUUAAAAUAUUUUAAAUUCAGUUCUCUAGACAGAAAUUUUGAAUGUUUUGUAAGAAUGUGCGCGAAAAAAUGUUGUAUAAAAUUUGUUUUUUUUUCAUUUUAAAUUUUAAAUUUUUAAGAUUUCGUUUUGCUUUUUUUCUUUUUUUUGUUUAUUUUGUUUAGAAUUUUUUUUAAUUAAUUAGUUAUUUGUCCAUUUUUUUUUUUUUGUAUUGUAGUUAAAUAAAGUUUUCUUUCUCAUUAGGAUUUUUUAGUUAUCAUUACAAAUAGGCAUUAAAAAUAAAAAUAUGUAGAAAUUUUUAAAUAUUGUUAGGGUUUAUUAAAUUCACAAAAGAAAAGCGAAACAGAGAAAACAAUAAAAGAAA